AUUAUUUUGGAGUCUCUCUUGUACUUCAUAUAAUAGGCUUGGAACAAGAUUUUCUUGGCAUAAAUAAAUCCAUGGGAUGGCACUCAUUUUUCUUCCAAAGGGUUGGUUUUGUAAUGGCUUCCUAGCUUCAAUUCAUCCAUGAUCAAUCUUUGCAUAUUUCUUGAAAUAGAAGGAGAUAAUAAUAAAAUGGGAACGAAGAUUAAGGGUCUUUUGAAAGGUCUUAGAUACAUUUCUCAGAUAUUCGAGGAGGAAAAGGAAGCAGAAAUGCAAAUUGGGAAUCCCACAGAUGUAAAACAUGUCGCUCAUAUCGGAUGGGAUGGCCCUUCUGCUUCAGUUGAUAAUGCACCAAGCUGGAUGAAAGAAUACAAAGCAGCAACAGGAGGAUUCCAGUCAGCACCUUUAGGGGAACCUGGAGCCUCUAAAGAGAACCCUGAAGUUAAAUGGGUUUCUGAAGAUUCAAAAAAGGGAAGCAGAGAACUACCUGAAUCGCCAAAAUCCUCUAGGCGUCAUACUUCAUUAGAGGGUGCAAAUGAUUCGCCAAAGAAGAAAGAUGGAUCAACCAGAUCAAGACAAAGACGGAACCAUUCCAAGGACUCGUCUGACAAUGUUAAAUCAAAUCGACAAAAUCACAAAGGCGAGUCAACAUCAAGAAACCUUCCGGACAUUCCAAAGAAGUCGAGGAGAAAGAAGUCAAAAGAGUCGAUCAAUGUUGGGUCGAGCCGAUCACAAUCCAAAGCAUCUUAUCUUGGACCUGAUGCUGAAUCAGUAGUACCAACAAUAAAGCAAUGAGCUGUGUCAAAACUUCAAGAUUGGAUACCGACAAUAGAGCAAUGAGCUGUGUCAAAAACUCCAAGAUUGGAGUCAUUUAUACAAGACCAAGACACGGAAAAACAUGGGAAUUUCUAAGAUAAUGAUGUUAUUUUUUUCUCCUCUUUUCCCCUUUGGUAGCUAGAAAAACAUUCUCGGUUGAAACAAAAUUUUCCAUUUCUCCUUUUGCUUUAUAUUCCAAGAAUCUUAUUUAAUAUUA